AUGGUACUGACUUCAAAGCACGCCGUCGUCGGAGACGAAGAUCACCGCCCGCGGGGAACUAUCACAAUCAGGUUUGGUGACGGAAUGAACUACAAUUUCACGUCAACACAUCAUCCCAAUAUGAUACCGACGGACAUCUACAUGACCGAUGUAAUCGAUCAAGUCGACCCUUGCCGUCAUCCGCUCUACGGCCACAAGGGAAGAAAGCGCGUUUAUAUCGGGUGGCACCACAAGAAGCAGGGAUGGCAUACUCUGGAGGGCUAUAUCGCAGUCAAGUGGGUCGCGGCGUGGAAAGAUAUACCAACACAAACGCAGGACAUACUGAAGCUCCAGGCGGAGCGCGAUAAUUACGCUCGGCUGAAGCGCUUGCAAGGAAGGGUGAUACCGUGGCUUCUAGACUACAUCACUGGGGUUUUCGGGGACGUCAUGGUUGCUUGCAUGAUCCUCGAACGGUGUGGCUCUGAACUACCAAGGGAUCUAGCUCAACGAAAGGAACGCAAGAGGGAUAUUACCGAGCGGUUUCACGCAUCGGGCUGGCUGCAUGGUAGCAUCGGUAUUAGCGACGAAAAUUUCACGGCGAUAGAUAGACAAGACGGCGAUCCCCUGAAUCCGGUACGCCUGGUAAGCCUUGCCUUAGCGAGAAGGAUAGAUGGUGAUGAUACUUCGCGCGACGAAGAGCUGUCAAGGGCGUCACAAUGA